GGGUAGUUGAAUAGACAAGACUUAAUUUUGUUUGCUCUUAAGUUUAUUUAAAAAUAAAAAUACUUCCAACUUACAUUUUUGUACAAUUAGUAUGUUAACUUACUUUGUGUAAUUAGUACUACUUGCCCACAGUGUUUGUUUGUUGCACUAAACCUUUUCAAUACAAAAGAAACAUACAGUAUGGACUACUCACAAGUGCAAAGUAAUAUGGACGACAUGAUUAAGAUGUUUCAUACUAAGAUGGCAGAAUUUCAAGCUGACCUCCAACAAGCCACCUCUCGUAAGCCACCUAACACUAUUGCAGCACUCAAUACAGAAUUUCAAACUUUUAAAUCCUUUGUUUGCGGUGCACUAAACAUCCUACGAGCCGAGGUUGAUGCACUGGCAAGAGGGCUGGACCGUGUGGAGACACGCUCGCGUCGCAAAAUGCUCCUGAUACACGGUGUUCCUGAGGCCAAGGAUGAGAAUGUUACAGAUGUUGUUGCCGCAUCUCUGUCCGCCAGGUGCAAGAUGGCAGAUAUUACACCUGCCUGUAUCCGCACCUGCCAUCGGAUGGGGAAGCCCAGGGAUGAUGCUAAUCCUAAGCCCAGGCCCAUCGUUAUCAAAUUUAAAGACGUUUCACUCCGUGACAGGAUAUGGAAUGCCAAGAAGACACUGAAAGGAACUAAAAUCACACUCUCCGAGUUCCUCACUAAACCUCGUCACAACGCCUUCAUGGUGGCAAGAGAUUACUUUGGCGUUUCAUCCUGUUGGACCCGAGAUGGCUGUAUCCACAUAAAAACUAUUGAUGGCUCCAGGCACAAAAUCGAGUCUCUGGCUGAACUUCAGAAAUUGCAGACAAGUCAUCCCAGAUCAUAGGUGUAGAUGGUCAUCUGUGUCAAUUAACCACCUUUCUCUCAUUAGUAAUUGUCUUUCUUCUUUAAUACUUUUUGGUUGUGGGUCUCUCCUUCUUUCUUAUUUUAUUUAAUUAUACUUUGUUUACGUCUGGUUAAUGUCAAAAAUAUGUCACUGUCACGUGAAAUUUGACAUUAUCGUUGUGAUCGUGACGUAGCAACCAAAGAGUAUAAUGUAGAUAUUGCACUGGUGACUGCCACAGAGCUUGGAAUUAUGUCCCUUUAUAUAAUGGCUAUUGCACUUCUAUUUCCCUGUGUUUGAAUACUUUUUUUUCUUAGCUUUGUAUUCUUUUAUUUUAAAUGUUACUGUUAGAUUUGUUGGUUUCUAUAGAAACCUGUAUUGUUUUUUUUUUUUUUUUAAAUCUGUUUGUUUUUCGUGUCCUAGUAUAGUUUGUUUAUAUCUUUUACUGUAAUAAUGUGCAACUCAAACUAUGUGGGCGGGUAGAGUUUAUUAUUUUAAUUU